AUGGUGGUCACAAGGUCAAUGAAAUUGCGGAAACCGGGAAAUGGUGGUGGCGAUUCGAUCCGAGUCGAUCGGAUUAGUGAUUUACCCGCAGAAAUCAUUUACCACAUCCUCUCCUUCUGUCCCACGGAUUCUGUUUUAGCGACGAAACGUUGGAGGCGUCACUGGACUAAAUUAACCAGCUUUUUUGUUUUGACGAUGAAUCGUGGCUUGCCGGAAGCAAAACUCGUCAAUGCUCAGGUCUCCAUGGACCGGUUUCGUCUGAAAAUGGACUUUUUCUCCUUAAAGUUCCCCCCUGUGGUUUGUCUCCCAAAACUUACUAGAUUGUUGCUAAGAAGAGUUAACUAUGAAUCGGGCGAGUCUUUUCGCCGGCUUGUAUCUGGUUGUCCCGUGCUUGAAUCUCUUGAAAUCCACAGGAAUCUCGAUGAUAACAUGGAAGUUUGUACAAUCUCUUCCCUUAGUAGCCUUAAACGCCUCUGUUAUGUUCAUAAAUGCCGCGGUAAGGUUUAUUCCAAGCUGGAAAUCGUUACGCCUGCACUUGAGUACGUAUAUGUUGAUGAUUUGGGGUCUAUGGAGGGCGAAGAUCUGAGGUUAUCGUGCUACUUGAAGGCAGGCUUUGCAGUAGCCACCAACAAUCUGUCGCGAGAUUUCGAGAGACUGACCAAAUUGUUUAUUAAGUUUGCCGGCUGUAAUUUCCGAAGUCUCAUGGAUUUGAUUGAUCAUUGUGCCGCAUUGGAUGAACUCCACAUUGAGACGCUGCAACGUUAUGCCUCAGAAUGCGACAUAUGGAAGGAUCCAACCAGUGUUUCCAGAUGCUUGUUAUCUAGUCUCACGCGAGUGUCAUAUAAAGAAUAUCAAGGCCAUCAAGAUGACAAGGGAAUGUUAAGGUUCAUUGUUAAUCAUGCUUUGGUGUUGAAAAGAGUUGAUGUACGCAGGAUUGAUGUCAAGGUAAAGUUAAGUUCACUCGAAGAGGUAUUAAUGUCAUCCAAAGUGUCUCCAGCAUGUGAACUCUCGUUUUCUUGA